AUGGACGCACUACCUGUUACAAACAAAGCGGUUGGGGAGCCCGAAUCGCUCACCAACAAAACUCUCGAGACAGGUGCAUCAGCAGUACAAAACUUAGCACCAGUUGAGCGGAUAUGUGCCCACUUGAACGCCUUUCACGUAUAUGCCGAUGAUCUCGGGCGCCUUGUCGAAGCGAACCACUACUGCGCCCACUUGAACGACGAAAUACGGCAGUGCAUCAUCUACGAUUCUGCCACUUUGCCCGCUAGAAUCAUUGGGAUCGAAUACAUGAUAACGUCUCGCUUAUACGAGACACUCGACGCAGAAGAACAAAAGCUGUGGCAUUCUCACGUCUUCGAAGUCAAGUCCGGCAUGCUGAUCAUGCCUAAACCCAAGGCCGUACCCGACGCCGUAUGGGAAGUAGCCGAAAACAAGGAGAUGGAGGAAGUGAUACAUCUUUACGGAAAGGUAUACCAUCUGUGGCAGACGGAUCGCGGGGACAAGCUACCUCUCGGCCCUCCAAAGCUGAUGAUGAGUUAUACUCGAGCAGACCAAAUGCCGGAUUUCGAGAAGGUCAUCGGAGAGCGAGACAAGAAAUUUGGGAGUGAUUGGAGGCGGAAGAAGGAGGUGAGGGAGCAUAUCGAGACGCCGAAGAUCCAUGAGAACGCGGAUUGGGCAUGGAAGGAGAACGAGGGAACCAAGGACGUGUACUGA